AUUGUCAUCAGUUUCAGUUUCAGCUUGGAUCGAGACAAACCUCUAACCACUACGAUGGCACCGAAAACCAGCGGAAAGGCCGCCAAGAAAUCAGGCAAGGCCCAGAAGAACAUUGUCAAGGGUGACAAGAAGAAGAAGAAGCAGCGCAGGAAGGAAAGCUACGCCAUCUACAUCUACAAGGUGUUGAAGCAAGUCCAUCCCGACACUGGUGUUUCGUCGAAGGCCAUGAGCAUCAUGAACAGCUUCGUGAACGAUAUCUUCGAACGCAUCGCCGCCGAAGCUUCUCGUUUGGCUCACUACAACAAGCGCUCGACCAUCACGUCCCGCGAAAUUCAAACAGCCGUUCGACUCCUGCUCCCAGGAGAGUUGGCCAAGCACGCCGUCUCUGAAGGUACCAAGGCAGUCACCAAGUACACCAGCUCCAAGUAAAUAAUGACCGACGCAGUACACUACCCAAAAAGGCCCUUUUCAGGGCCACUAUAA